CUGCGUGUGGUCUUCAAACAGAAGCAGAGGUGGGAGGGUGUGACAGAUGAUCUCUUUCCUAAUGAUGCUGGACGGUGACGAUGAGGUGAUGGAGCACGAGAGAGAGGGGGGUCCCACGCUUUUGAUGGGCUUUAAACGCGAAGGUUGGCGAUUUUUAACGGGUCGUUUUUGUUAUUUUUUAUUUCCUUCUCAUUUCUUUCGAAUUAAAUUUAAAUAUCCUGCUUGCCUUUUUUCCUUUUUUUUUUUUGUAACGCUCCAAAGAAAAUUUAUGAUAAAUUUUUUCCUUCUCAUUUGGUAUUUUUUCCUUUCUUCCUUUGGUAUUUUAUUAUUUGGCUUUGAGCUUAUGGUAAAUUUAUGAUCUUAAAUGGUUAAUAACUAUUUUUUUUAUUUAAUGUGUCUUUUUUAUUUUUUAAAGUGUAUAAAAUAUUUUUUUUCCUUUUGUAAUAUAAUACAUUCUCUAAGAAGUGGAUAAUUAGAAUGAAGAUGAGUUGUCAUCAACACAAUGGAGAGAAAAGGAAAAUAAGUCAUAUUUUGUUGUCUAUUGUUUGUGAUCAUAUGCAUGUAAUAUAAACGAGUUGUCAUGUGUCAACUGUUGGCAUUCCGUUCUCUCUAAAGAGGUUUCCAUGUGGGAGAAAAGUCUCGAUUUUGCCAACAAAAGCCACGCCAUUUCAAUUCCCCUCUCACGCGGCUUCCCCCCGCUUUGGUCGCCUUCGGCCCUCCUCCCUCCUCCCGAAGUCCACAGGCGACAUUUAGGAGGAAGAGAUUGUUCUCCGCGAGCUUCCGUUUCCGUUCAUCGUUUCCGAUCCCAAAGGAGCUCCCUUUCCCCUUCGUCAGCUGCCAUUAGGACAUAAUUUUCUUCCUCCGAGGCCGCUUGUUUGGGACAUCAGCUCGUUUGUGUCGAUUUACUCGAAAGGGGAGGGCAUCGUGGGCGAUUCGAGGUUCCUCUUGGCGACGUUGGGGCUUUUCUCUUACGUAACUCGUUCUUUGGCAUGAUUUGCUCCAUCUCCUGGCACGAUGCUCGUGGCAUUCAUCCUGUUUGGCAACUCAAAGGCGGUGAUCUUUGGCGCGAUUUGAUCCGUUUCUUGGUUUCUCGGAGAGAAAAGUAGACAUUUUUUAGCAUUAUAAUUCGGAGGUCCGAGUCUGUUUUAUUAUUUCAACAAGGGAAAGGAUCGAUUUUUGAGCAUCCUCUGGAUUCUCAGCAACGCGUUGAGGCACGUGUAGUCCCCAGGCGCGGGUCUUGGUCUGCACCUUUCGUUAAGGUGGCUGCUUUCCGAUUUUAGCUUUCUGGAAUUCAUCUGGUCAAGGAGCAAUAGGUCGCAAAAAUUUGAAGGAUUUUUCGCCUUUUCCGCUUCUGCUGAUUCUUGUCGUCGAAGAUAAGCAUUUUCUUUCAGGCAACCUCAUCUGGGCUCUUGGUUCUGGAGAUAAAGAAAAAGAUGCCACUGUUUUCUUUUUUCUGAGCGAGGAAAAAAGUGCAACGUUUUGAGCUAAUUCACAUGAUGUUUUGGGAGGUGAUUGGGAUAACAUAUUUAUGACAUGAGAAGAUUAGUCUUUGCCUCUAACAUCUGUCAGAGAGAUUAUGGCUCUAAGCAGGAAAGCUUCGGCCGUUGCAUGUAUGGUCUUGUUUUCCGUUCUCGUGACAAAAGUUUGGACGGGAAGACAGAGCCAAUUCUUCAAUUUGGCUGAUUCUUUUGUUCCCAGUAUGGUGGAAAAGAUGUUGCUUGAUUGUGGUCUACAUCCAAAAGAUGUAAAAGAAAUUAUGAAAAAAUUAGACUUCUCCCUUUUGGACGACAUGAUCAAAGAUUCCAGACAAAACCAAGUAAAAGUGGGGUUGCUUGCAAAAGACAAUGAAGAAAAAGGAGAGAAGAACUCUAUGAGAAAUUGGUACUAUAAUCUUGAACCAUUAAUCAGACGUUAUCCCGCUUCAAGGAGGAAUCUGGCUGAUCACCCUACACCAACCAUGGUCCCUACCCAUGCACCACCAACGUUUUGUUCCCCUGCUUAUGCUUCAGCUUCAUUUCCAUAUGUUUCAUCUGGCCCUUCUAAGUCUAGUCCAGCACCUCCCUCUAUCCUAAGACCUGCACGUACGCUAACCCAUGCUUCCAGUAAAUUUGUUCCACCAGCUUUCGAUGAAAUGAGCCCAGAUGAAACUGCAGAUUUUCUAGCUAAGGAGCAAGAGGAAACCAACAAAACAAUUGCUGUUGCAGUUGCUUUAAGCGUAGCAGGAACCUCUUUUGUUGCAGCAAUUCUGUUUAUUCUAUAUAUUAAUUGCCGUAGAAAAAAAGUUUACUCAAGUAAUGACUUGAAGGAUGACAAGCCACUCCUAAGUUUGAGUUUGAGUGACUUCUCUGAUUCUUCACAAAACUCUGGCAUAGCAACUUCAAGUGAGAAGAAUAAGUCGGGAGUUUUGUCUCUCAAAUCCGAAUCAAUCCAAGUUGGUGAUGCUUCACCCUUGAGUGUUGGCUCAGCUGAGGUUCCAUCAUCCAAAUUACACUCUGGACAUUUAAGUUCAUCUAUGGAGCUAUCUGGUGCACCAACCAAUGGACCAGCAGAAAAGCCCACUUCCAAACCUCCACCUCCGCCUCCGCCUCCUCCUCCACCUUCACCUCUACCUCGAUCACCACCUUCACCUCCAUCUCCAUCUUCACCUUCACCUCCACCUCCACCUCCACCUCCACCUCCAUCUCCAUCUCCAUCUUCAUCACCAUCUCCUCCUCCACUUCCACCUCCACGAUCUCCACAACCUCCACCACCACCACCUGUAAUGGCUCCUCCAGUUCCAAAUGCUGUUCCUUCGGCUCCUGUUCCACCCCCUCCCCCAUCCAUCAAAAGACCUGGUGGUCCCCCUCCACCUCCACCAAAAGCUGCUUCUGUUCCUCGUGCACCAAAAAUAAACAUGGGUCCAUCAAAAGUGCCUCCGCCAUCCCCUCUUGGGCCCCAACAUUCUGUAUCAGAUGGUGCACCAAAAACAAAGCUCAAACCAUUAUUUUGGGAUAAAGUUCUUGCAAACCCUGAUCAAUCUAUGGUGUGGAAUCAGAUUAAGUCGGGUUCAUUCCAGUUUGAUGAGGAGAUGAUUGAAAGUCUUUUUGGUUACAAUUCUGCUAAUAAACCCAAAAAUUGUGGGAAGGGCUUAUCAUCAAAGGUUCCUGUUGAAUAUGUUCGGAUUCUUGAUGCCAAGAAGUCCCAAAAUUUGGCUAUUUCAUUAAAGGCACUGAAUGUGAAAAUAGAAGGAGUUCGUGAUGCUCUUAUGGAAGGAAAAAAGCUUCCAGUGGAGUUACUACAAACAUUGAUAAAGAUGGCUCCUACAACUGAUGAAGAGCUGAAGCUUCGAUUGUAUACUGGUGAUCAUUCUGAACUUGGCUUAGCAGAAAGGUUUUUGAAGGCAUUAUUGGAUAUUCCGUUUGCUUUUCAAAGACUAGAAGCACUUCUUUUCAUGGCUUCCAUGCCAGAAGAAGUUUCAACUGCCACGGAAUCGUUUUCUACGCUAGAGGUGGCCUGUGAAGAACUAAAAAGUAGCCGUCUGUUCUUGAAGCUAUUAGAAGCUGUCCUUAAAACUGGCAAUCGCAUGAAUGAUGGUACCUUCCGUGGGGGAGCACAAGCAUUCAAGCUUGAUACACUCCUGAAGUUGUCUGAUGUUAAAGGAGCCGAUGGGAAGACAACAUUAUUGCAUUUUGUUGUUCAAGAGAUAAUUCGAUCUGAAGGUGUGCGUGCUGUACGAAUAGCCAGGGAACGAAGUGGGAGCGUCUCUAGCCUGAACUCUGAUGAUCUUAGCGAUGAUUCACUCCAUGAAUCUGAAGACUACUUCCGAAAACUUGGUCUUAAAAUUGUUUCAGGUCUUGGAGAUGAACUUCAAAAUGUCAAGAAAGCAGCAUCUUUGGAUGCUGAUGCCUUGGCAACUUUGGUGGCACAGCUUAACCACAGGUCGGUGAGGACAAAGGAAUUCCUAAAUACAAGCAUGAAAAGUCAUGAGGAGGAAAGUGGGUUUCAUCACAUACUCGAGAGUUUCAUGGAGCAAGCUGAAACUGGAAUCAGUUUCUUAUUAGGUGAAGAAAAGAGACUAAGAUUAUUGGUAAAGAAAACCACAGACUUUUUCCAUGGAAAUGCUGGGAAGGAUGAGGGCUUGCGAUUGUUUGUAAUUGUACGGGACUUUCUUGUGAUGUUAGAUAAGGCCUGCAAAGAGGUGAGAGAAGCACCAAGAAAAGUUAAACAAGCACCCAGAAAUAGAGAAACAUCAUCACCACUACCCGUGCCAGAUCCAAAGCAGCUACUUUUUCCGGCGAUAAGGGAUCGGCGGGUCGAUAGUUCUAGUUCGGAUGAUGAGAGCUGACUUUGGUUGGAACAGGACUCAUAAGGUGCUGAAAACUACUACUCGAGAGGCCCAUUGGUGAUCGGCUCGCCGUUGAGCAUGGUUUAAUGAUCUGAAUCUGAUCGAUUAUGCUCUGGGAAUCACAGACUUGAAAGCCUGGUUCUCAGAAGCUCGAACAACCACAUCUGCACCUGAUGCCCGCGCCACCGACCAAGGCUGCAUCAUAGAAUCAUCCGAUGCUUUCAACACAUCUGGAUUCAGGUCCUCGCCACUUGCAUCAGGAAGUUAGACUAGUUUUGUUAUACUAGCAGAUUGUGCCUAGUGAACAGCUUUAGAACAAUAAAUUUUGAAUCAUAAGUUAAUUCUUUCAUUAUACAUUGAUCUCUUGGAAGUAAAA